UCUUAUACACCGUCUUUGAGCCCAAUAAUAGACGCAUUCAUCUUCGAGCAUAUCAAUCAAUAUAGUUCCUUUACCCAUUCAGAGCCAUCUUUUGCUUCAAGCCUUGGCAGAGCACGGAAAUUCGAGCGGUCAAUGUGACGUCCAAUAUUUCCACAAGGAGAAACACUCACCUCACUGUACCUCUCUCCGUGUCAUCUCACUUCAGGUAAUACCAUCAGCAUUCAUGGCAUCAAAAUAUUCCUGUAUCGGUGCUGGAUUCUGUGGAACAGUCUGGGCCCUCUUUGAAGAUGGUCAAGCCAUCAAGCGAGAAGAUGGCGGCUCAGACAGGUCUCUCGCUAACGAUUAUGCUAUGCAUCAACGGAUCCUCCAGAGCUUUACCAGACUGACAGACAUCAAACGAAGAUCCGGUAUCCACCAGACAUUUCCUCAAGUCCGGGUCUCGCAGUGUCAUCACUUCAUUUCUCCAAACGAUCAGUGGUGGACCAAAAAUCUCCCCCUCUUCCCAUCGCAGUACUCACCCUGCAAUGCCAUUGUCUCAGACCGCAUUCGCCCAUUUGCCGAGCCGAUCAGGAAACUCGUUGUUGAUAAAUUCUGCAACCCAGCGAUACAAACAGAGAUACUGACAAGCGCCGCCAACAGUGACUGUCUGAUACGGCCAUAUCUGGACCAGAUGGAAGACAUCGGCAUUCUGACCGAAGACAUGCAAAGUUAUGCGCGUACGAUGGGUGAAGCAUUAGCCACUCUACACUGGCUCGGCGAGGUGGACGGAAAUGAUGUUGAAUUUGUUAUGGCUCCUCCCCCUUUCCACGAAGAAGAACCCAACACCAACACAAUCACCAAUGUUCUUGGUCGGCAUACUAUGUGGAUGCUGGACUUCGAUCUUUGUCGAUAUUUACCCAUGAGCGACGCUGGGGUUCAGCAGGCUGUUACUGCUUUUUGGCGCAAUGAUCCGUUCUACCCCCGACCGCAGAGCAAGCUGUGGGCUAAUUUUCGCGAGCAAUACCUGAUGAGUAGCGGACAGAUCAUUAAUGAGUACAGUCAAGUCGAUAUCGAUGAGCGACUAUCUUUCGCCCGAGAUUUCAUUGGAUUGAUUGAGACGAAAUAA